UAUAUUCGUGUAUUGACAGCAGACAAUACCAAGCUAGCUUUGUAUUCUUGUGCGCCUCUGCAGCUGUCGAGCGAGCGAGGUUGCUGGCCAUGGCUGCCAUCGUCCACGAGGAGGCUCCUCCAUUGACGCACGCGGAGAACGAAGAGUUCCUUCGCGUCCUUAGGGACGUCAGGCAAUGGGUGGGGCGAGAGCCUCCGGAGAAGGUGGAGGUCGUGUUCGACGGCGUGAGCGUCGAGGCCGAGGAGCGCGUCGGUCGGAGGGCGCUGCCAACGCUGCCGAACGCCGUCUUCAACGCCGUCAAGGCUAUAGUAGAUUCUAUGAACACGUGUGCAACGCAAAAAGGAACAUUCAAGAUAAUAAAUGAAGUGAGUGGAACAAUAAGACCAUCCAGAAUGACACUUGUUCUUGGAGCACCUGGAUCUGGAAAGACGACCUUCUUAAGGGCACUGGCAGGAAAAUUAGAUUCUUCUUUGAAGUUGCAGGGAAAGGUAUUCUACAAUGGGAAAUCAAGACCUUCUACACCACACUACCUUUGUUCUUAUGUCAGUCAACAUGAUCUCCAUCACGCUGAGAUGACAGUGAGAGAGAUAAUUAAUUUCUCUUCCAACCUGCUUGGAUCAAACAAUGAGUUUGAGAUACUGGGAGAUGCAAUAGAAAGAAAUACAGAUACUAAUAAAGUGUACAAGGAACUUUUUUCUAAGGCAACCAAGCUCGGAAGCAAGGGAAGCAACCUAAAAACUAAUUAUAUUAUCAAGAUUCUUGGCUUGUCUGACUGUGCUGAAACUAUAGUAGGGGAUGCGCUCCAUAGAGGAAUUUCCAGGGGCCAGAAAAAGCGAACAACAAUCGGUUCACACGACACCCUGGGAGUCCAAAUUGUUAUCAUGCGUGAUAUUCUUAUCAUCUUAAUAACUACUAGGAUAGUAGCGCGCUCCGCCGUGCCCAGUUCGAAAUGUGGAAAAAAAGAGAAAAAAUAUGUCUCCCUUAUCCUCUUCGUCCUCCCUGCUCUCUCCCCACGCUGUGCGCAGCGUCGCCUCGGAACCACCGCCAUCGCCAACCCUCUCCGGGGUGCCGCCGCCCUGCUCGCCUUCUCCCGGCGACCCUCCGCCGUGCCCCGCCUCGUCGCCCGGGCGCCGCCGCCCCGCUCGCCCUCUCCUCCUCUCCUCGCGAACCUCCGCCAUGCCCCGCCUCCUCACCCGGGUGAGGCCGCCGCCGUCCCUCCACCCCGCCCCACCUCCUCGCCCGGGUGA